AUGUGUCAUGUCAUCAACUUCCUGCUGGCCCUGCUGAGCCGUUUCCUGUUUGCUGUCCAUGGCGUGGCGACCGUGUGGCGUGUUAAGGGAGCCCCUCUAUCGGCUGCUUCUGAUGGGCGUGGCUCUGUUGGGUGUGAAGAUGGCAGUCACCAUCAAGUUCUCCCCCAUGGUUUCCUCUACCUCAGUGCCGUCAUCCCCUCAAUUUGGUUCCUGGAGCUCAGCCUGCUGCAGUACAAGCUCCCGGUCAACAUCUCCUCUAGCCUUGAGCUAGAAGAGCUGCAGGCUCACAUCCCCAUCUCAGUGGACAUCUUGCAGCUGGGCCCAGAAAACUGUGCUGCUGCCCGGAAGCAGACCAUGCUCAUCGUGCUGGUUCUGGGUCGCUGGCUCACGCCCAAAGGAGACAUGGCCCGAGACCAGCUCUCCCAGCUCCUCAUGGCCUACAUGGGCCUGGGCGCCGACAUCCUGGACAUCUUUGACACCUUCACAGAGCCAGAUGUCAAGACCAACCGGGCUGUCAUCGACAUAGGACUGGCCCUGUUCUCCUGGGCCCUCAUGCAUUUCCCACUGGUCCUCACCCAGACCUGCCCCACCAAGGCCCAGCCCGAUCCUAGCUCGUCCCAGUGGAGUCUCUCUCAGGGGGUAAGCAUGGCUGUGGUGGAGGGCAUGCCUGGAACUCCCUCAUCCUGCUGUCCAGGGCUAUGCUGUUCCAGGGAAGUGUGGCGCAUGCUGUUGACUGUGGGGCACCAGGAUGGGCCGUUCCUUGUCUACCGCCUCUACCUCAUGAUCAGGAAGAAUGUGCUCAACCAGUUGAUGAUCUUCUUCACCUGCAAGAACAUCCUUGUCGUCUUGCUGGAGGUCUACAGGAUCUUUGUGGUGUAG